CAAAACUCUUAGUGUAUUACAAGAAUGUUUCAUCAGUAAUAAAGGUUAUACUAUAUAUUUAAGCUAGACAAAGAAAUUAAAAAAAAAAGAAAGAUAGAACUUCAUCAUCCAUUUCGCCAUCUCAACGGACAGAAGGUCUUGAUCCAAAGACAGCAACUGAAUUUUGCUUUUACUUAAAGUUAUAUAAAAUAAAGGCCUAUCUGCAAGAGAAAAAUGAAAUGCAAACAACAUAAUGGAGAGCCAAAUUCUGCAUCCAAAAGUUGCAGCCUUUCAACCUGAAUGGGACCUGGAAGAUAUCCGCAUGGCAUUCUUCAAAUGCACUAGAUGGCAAGUAGAAGAAACUCUGGAUCCAAUCAACUGCCCUUUUCAUUACUUCUGCGACAGCAUUUAUCCUGGGAGUUAUCCACCGGCGGUGGACGUUCUUGUUCUUCUCCUUACAACUGCUUCAUAUCUGGCAACACUAGUCAUCAUGUUGAUAGAGAUAUCAAGAAGAGGGCGGCCUUGUCUCAGUCAGUCCAAGAGAUUCUUGCUGCCUUCAGGUCCGCUGUCACUCCCGCUAAUCCUAUUAGCAUUAGCAAAAGGUCCACGAAUCAACAUUUUAUUUCCUCUCUCAUGCAUUGCUCCAGCAAUUCUUCAACUGAUUCAAAUUUCUGCUCUUGCCUUUGACAUUGGAGCUGAUAAGGACCCUAGAUACGCAUUCUUGGAAGCUUCUACGAUUUCAGGGAUUUUGCAUGCAAGUGUAUACCUGGAUUCUAUCAUCCUUCCUUACUAUACAGGUAUUGAUGCUCUAGCAUCGUCAACAUUUUCUGGUGAGUGCCUGUCUUGCAUGUGUCGUAAAGAGGUUUUGGUCGCAGGAGGAAAGUUGAUCUCCUAUCGAGGAUGGUCAAUGACUACAUUUUGUGUUAUCGUAGCUCUGUGUUUAAGAAUUAUUUGCAGGCUGUCUGCAGAGAACAAAGGGAAAUUCUUAUCUAUCCAGUCUCUAUUGGAGAGUUUAGCUUGGAUCUUGAUCACCAAGGAUUGCAUUUAUCUGGUAUCAAACUCUCGGCCGGAACAAUCGCUGCUACAAGCAGCUGCUUUUGGAGGCAUACUAGUAUUAAUUUGCCUUCAUGUACUCAAAAGGUUCUGCACACUUAUUAUGCAAUGGCAUUGAGGUUGAAAUUAAUGAUUGUUUGGUAGAUGAAACGAGGACAGGAAAUGAGAUGGAUGUGGGAUUUUUUUUUUUAACUGUUGAGCAAUUAAUUCUUUUUCUGCAAAAGGUUUGUAUCAUUGUUAUUAUUAACCGUAGAAGUAGCUGCUGUUGAUUAGAUGGUUCAAAGUUCGCUCGAAGAUACGCAUCAUGGUUGCAUAGGAAGACCAAAUGUACAGUUGAAUUCACAUUAUUGCCUCAUUGUAGGAAAAAAUCAAACCAUCAGUAGUCAAUUGUUUGGCCCCGGACACUUUUUUUUUGGUUCUAUUUGUUUGUAUUUU